AUGAACAUCGUCGGCCGCAUCUUUGGGUUUGGCGCUUCCUUACAGGGUUCAGAUACGCCAGAACUCGUAAAGAUUCCAUCCGGACAACUCUAUUUGGUUCGCCCGGGUAACAUACGCAGCUCUCGUGAAUGCAUCUACAAUGAUGCAAUGGCCACCGUGCGCAAGGCUCCAUCCGUCGAACACAACUUCCAGCUUGUGAUUACGCGUGUAUUCGAAGAGGGUGAAGAGGACAUUCUUGAGGAGGAAGAUGAGAACGACGACCUGGUGUUCCUGAUUUCAACUGAACUCGAAUUCCGCACGGGCGAAGUUGACGAAGAGCCAACGCUCAUUUGGCGGGACCUAGACGGAGAUGUUGACGAGACGUAUGAGUUUGUUGCGACUGGUGCGAACGUGGCCACUGUCGAGCUCUUCGUGCAGUGUGUCUAUAGGGCUAUGUAUGAGCGGAAAUACAAGACAAGUUCCGAUAAGGCUUCCCCUGCCGAUCUACAGGAAUUCAUUUGGAAGGGCUCGGGAAAGAAGAAUACAAAUACCACAAAGACGAAGAAAGCGAAGGGAAAGGCCUCUGAGGACGACUCCGCUCUUACCACCGCAAUGAAGAAUCUCGAUGUCACCGGCGAACCCUCUGCAAAUACUGCCAUGUCCAACGUUAUUACCAAGGAGUGCGAACUUUAUCUAUGGGACCAAGAGGAUGGCCACUUUAUAAAACAGGCGGACAUUCAUGGAAGCAUCGCAAAGUCUCCAUCCUCCGCUUUCGAAUACCUCAUCACCGCGGUCACACUUGAAGGCCAGCAAUUAUUUGCACACAAGUUGACGUCGGAUCUCAAUGCACGCUGGAGCGCCAAGUUGGCUAGUCUUACAUGGAACCACACCAGCAGCGGCGGAGUCCUGAGUAGCUGGUGUUUUAAGUUUGAGGGCAUGGAUGACUUUAGAGAGUUUCAGGAAGCAUGGGGUAGUUGCCUCUAUGAGGUGCUCAACCAUAUCAGCUGGGCAAAGGCAAAGGCGGAUGAACAAGAGUACAUUUUGAGCUCUUAUGAUAAUGACGUGGAGAUGCAAGAUGUGGAGGAUGACGAAGAGGACGAGGGUCUAGUGGAAGACGCGCUUGGCGUUGGAACUAGUGAUCAGUCAGAAUCCGAGUCCGAGGAUGAGGGUGAUGAAGCUGCAGCAGUUGCUGGUGAACCUGGUGAACGCAACUCGCAGCUAACAGUCGGACACAAGAAUGACAGGACGUUUGUCGUACGCGGUGACAAGAUUGGGGUGUUUAGACACACGGAUGAGGGCAAGAUCGAGUAUGCAGCUACUAUUAGGGAUCUUGGCUUCAAGAAAAUGAAGUCACUUAGACCUAAGAAUAUGAUGUUGCAUGACCAAGAUGCAAAGAUGGUUCUCCUGGAUGGGAGGGAGAACCACUCACUCUUUGCCAUGGAUAUCGAAUAUGGAAAGAUAGUCGAGGAGUGGAAAGUGGACGACAAUAUCACAGUGGAUCACAUAGCUCCGAAGUCCAAGUUUUCGCAAACGACUGGGGAGCAGACCCUCGUCGGUACAUCGCAUAAUGCACUCUUCCGCAUUGACCCAAGGAUGGGAGGCCGAGGCGGAAAUACUAUGGCAGAGAACAAGCAGUACACUUCGAAGAAUGCGUUCUCGGACGUGACGACGACAGCAGCUGGUCAGCUUGCUGUAUCCAGCGAGAAGGGUGACAUUCGUUUGUUUGACACCGUUGGCAAGAUUGCAAAGACGGCAUUGCCUGCGAUGGGAGAUCCGUUCAUUGGUAUUGACGUCACUGCGGAUGGUCGAUGGAUUGUUGCUACAUGCAAGACAUAUCUGCUUGUGAUUGAUACGCUCAUUGGUGCAGGACGAUAUGCAGGUAGCCUUGGUUUUGAUCGGCCGUUCCCAGCAGACGCCAAACCUCAGCCAAAGCGAUUGCAGGUGAACAACGAACAUGUAGCUUAUAUGGGACAUGAAGUAUCUUUCACCCCUGCGCGCUUCAACCAAGGUGAAGGACAGAGUGAGAAUGCGAUCGUCACAUCUUCAGGCCGAUAUGUCAUUGCUUGGGACUUUGCAAAGGUCAAGAAGGGUAGAGUGGAUGCUUAUACCAUUAAGAAAUACGAGGAUGAGGUCGUCCAAGAUAACUUCAGGUUUGGAGACGAUAAGGAGAUUAUUGUUGCUCUGUCGAAUGACGUGCUGGCUAUUAACAAGAAGAGCCUUAAGAGGCUUCCUCGCGCUUCGUUCAACACGCCUCCAAGGCAAUUGACAAGCAAGUCGAAUAUAGUCAACAGCCCUUUCUAGUUUUAGCCACUCUUUUAAAUACGUUUUUUUUAGACUUCUACCCUAUUCUUGACUUGUUGAUUUUGAAGUAUUAACUGUUGUUCUGCAGUGCAAAUUACCUGUACCCUCCUUUCCACCCUUUCAUCUUCUGUCGAUUAUUUGAUAAUACUUUAGCAUGUUUGUGAUCCACUUAUCCCAUGUAUCCUGCGGUUCCUACCCGUUCAGUCAUUCUACUUGAUGUUUUAUGUAUUUGUACUGGCUCCCUUGGUUUUGAAGAUAAUGAAUUUGGUGACCCGCCGAGAAGACA